CAGCGAGAAAAGCGAGAUGAGGAUUGGUGGGCCCCGCUUACUCCCAUCCCAUUCCUUGACGAAUCGUCUGAACCUUUUAUUUUAUCGCCCUCCCAGUUUACUUCUCUUGCAACCCUUUCUCCCGAUUCCUAGACCAGUCGAAGAAGAAACCUUCUCUCACUUUUUCUGUUUUCUCCAGCCAUGUCUCAGGAAGAUAAAAAAUUGGUGACUCAAAAAGAUGACAAAUCUGGAGCAGCUGAUAGUAAAGGGCUUUCGGAAUCUGCUGCUUUACCUGGAAUGCCCAAUCCUUUUGAUUUCUCAGCCAUGUCUGGCCUUCUUAAUGAUCCAAGCAUUAAAGAACUAGCUGAGCAGAUAGCAAAAGACCCUUCGUUUAACCAGAUGGCACAGCAACUUCAAGAUACAUUUCAACAUGGUGCCGCUGAAGAUGGAAUCCCUCAAUUUGAUCCUCAGCAAUACUAUUCCACCAUGCAGCAAGUUAUGCAAAACCCUCAGUUUAUGACAAUGGCUGAGCGGCUUGGUAACGCACUGAUGCAGGACCCUUCCAUGUCCAAUAUGCUUGAUAAUUUGUCAAAUCCUGCACAGAAAGACCAACUUGAAGAACGAAUGGCACGUGUCAGAGAUGAUCCUUCUCUGAAACCUAUUCUCGAAGAAAUAGAGCGUGGGGGACCAGCCGCAAUGAUGAGGUACUGGAAUGACAAAGAUGUGCUGAAGAAGUUGGGCGAAGCAAUGGGUUUCCCUGUUGGAGGAGAGGCAGCCACAUCUGGUGAAACAGGGGCAGAUGAAGCAGAAGAAUCAAAUGAAGAUGAAUCAAUUGUUCAUAACUGUGCAAGUGUCGGUGAUGAUGAGGGCUUGAGGAAUGCUCUUGCUGCUGGUGCUGACAAAGAUGAAGAAGAUUCAGAGGGAAGGACAGGAUUGCAUUUUGCUUGUGGAUAUGGGGAGGUAAAGUGUGCACAAAUUCUUCUUGAAGCUGGAGCGAAGGUGGAUGCUUUAGACAAGAACAAGAACACUGCUCUUCAUUAUGCUGCUGGGUAUGGUAGAAAGGAGUGUGUUUCUCUUUUGCUAGAGAAUGGUGCUGCUGUCACCCUUCAAAACAUGGACGGGAAGACACCAAUAGAGGUGGCCAAACUAAAUAAUCAGCAAGACGUCCUAAAGCUCCUUGAGAAGGAUGCAUUUCUAUAAGCAAGAUGGAGGACACCAUUUAGUACAACGCACGCCGAGUUGUCAUGUAGCUCUCUCUUUUGGGAAUUUGUGGCGUAUGAUUAAUAUACUGUGGUUUGCAUACUAUCACAUAUAUAUCUUUAUUAUGACCCUUUUAAUUUCGUGAGUGAAUGUUGUGUGUGUAUAAUUAACAAUAUUGCCUCCAUUCUUUUCUUAGAUACGGAGUGCUAUUGAGCAAAGAGGGGCAGCUAUUGUAUUUCAAUAAAUUUAAUUCUACAAAUGAACUAACAACCAUAGUCCAUAGGGUAAUGAGAUGCUCAUUGAUUCCAAUAGGGUAAUGAUAUGCUCGUUGAUUCCAAUGUAUGGUUAAUGAGGUUUUGGUUCAGGCCCAGCCUAAUCAGGUUCUGCUUAGUGUUUUAUUACUCCCCUCUUGAUUCUCAGACCCAAUAUUUGUAAUCAAAUCAAAGGUGUUGGGUGUAUUUUAGAAAUGAGCAAAGGUAAGGUGAUUUGGAGUUGGUGUUGUGGCUCACUUAGUUGGACACUCACUUCCAAGCAUCCCUUUGUGGGAGGUCUAGGGUUUAAGCCUCAUUAAGGUAUAUAUGAGGAAGGUCUAGGGUUUAAACCUCAUUAAGGUAUAUGAGGAAGGCCCAGCCUAAUCAGUUUCUUUACAUUCAUGGUGUAUCUUAGAGACAGAGUGGCUUAUGAGGAAGAGGUGACAAUGGAAGCUACGAGUUCAUAGAUUUUAGGAUUACGAGAGCGCAAACCGAUACUUGGAUCUAUGGAUGGACUCGGGUCCGGGCCGGGUCCGGGUCGGGCCUAGGCCUGGGCGGGCCGGCGGGUCAGAAAUGGAGGACCCGGGACCGGCCCGGGUAACCACCAGGUCCGGUCCGGGCCGGGCCGGGCCCAUUAUAUAUAUAUUUUUUUGUUUUCCUCUUCCUAAUUAACCCCCCUCCCACCCCCAACCCCCAAACCACCCCAAAUGGCCCAAAAUACCCAGCCCAACCCAAAAAUUUAAAAAAAAUUGAAAAAAAAAAUACUCUUUGGCCCGAACCGGGCCCGGGCCCGGCCGGGUCGGGCCUUGUUUUGGGUGACCCGAGCCCGGGCCGGAAAACCCACAGGCUGGGCCUACCCAGACUGAUCACUGACCGGGCCACCGGGUUGGGCCGGGCCGGAACAGUACCGGUCUCGGGUCGGGCCACCCGGCCCGAGUCCAUCCCUACUUGGAUCAUAAACAGGGUGCUAUUAUGGUCGUAAAGUUUUAAUCUGUGGAUCCAAUCUUGACAUUGAAGAAUGAGAACAGUACAAAAAUCAAUUGGUUGUGAUCCAGAAUUCGUCUUUUUGAGUAGGCCCAUAUUCACUAAUCAUAUACUCCCUCCGUCCCUCUAACUUUGUGCCAUUUAUCUUUUUCGUCCGUUCCAUCAAUUUUGUCACAUAUCAUAUUUGGUAAUAUUUGAAUGGUUAGAAUUCAUUCUUAAUUUAUUCACACUUUAUUAAUUCAAUAUCAAUCACACAAUUCUAUUUUUUCUUAAAAAUCACACUACUACCUUUUUUUUUUCCAAACUUGGGAGGAUGGAGGUAGUAUCACAUUUGUUUGUUCACCUGUAUCAAGUCGCAACCCUGGGUGAAAAGGCCAUAUUUGUGCUUUUCACCUCAAAAAACAUCUCCAACCCAAAAUAUAUAAGGGUGCAAAUUGGGUUGAGACACCUUUCGAAGGGGAAUACAUGGGCAUAUUGAUGGAGGAGUGAUAUGCAUUUGGCUGCGGCAAAAUGAUAGAAUAUGUGGAGAUGUGUAAAAGUAAAA